UCCAGGAGUUAGGAGUGAGAGCCUGCAGUCUGCACGGCCCGAUCUCCAGUUCCGCCGGGUCCCCCCCACCCGCCCCACCGACUGGUGCGCAGCAUGCCGGGCCCCCGCCUGCUGGCCGCGCUUUGCGGCGCGCUGCUCUGCGCCUCCGGCGUCUCCGCGGGCUCCGGUGACUUCUGUGACUCCCUCGAGUGCCUGAACGGCGGGACCUGCCUGUCGGGCCAGGACGAGCUCCCCUUCUAUUGCCUCUGCCCCGAAGGCUUUACGGGGCCCAUUUGCAACGAGACUGAGAAAGGUCCCUGUUUCCCAAACCCCUGCCGCAAUGGUGCCGAAUGCCAGGCGCUUGGGGAGGAGGAACACCGAGGCGAUGUCUUCAAACAGUACAUCUGCGAGUGCCCGCAAGGCUACUCGGGCAUCCACUGUGAGAGCAGGUGCGCCAUGCCGCUGGGCAUGGAGACGGGGGCCAUCGCCGACCGGCAGAUCUCCGCCUCGUCCGUGCACUUGGGCUUCAUGGCUCUGCAGCGCUGGGGCCCGGAGCUGGCCCGCCUGCAUCGCUCGGGCAUCGUCAACGCCUGGACAGCCAGCAACUACGACAGGAAGCCCUGGAUCCAGGUGAACCUGCUGCGGAGGAUGCAGGUGACGGGCGUGGUGACGCAGGGCGCCAGCCGCGCGGGCAGAGCCGAGUACGUGAAGAUGUUCAAGGUGGCGUACAGCCUCGACGGGAAAAAGUUCAAGUUCAUCCAGGAAGAGGGGGACUCGGGAGACAAGAUUUUUACGGGGAACGUGGACAACAGUGGCCUGAAGGUCAACAUGUUUGACGUCCCUCAAGAGCUGCAGUACGUGAGGCUGAUGCCCGUGGGCUGCCAUCGGGGCUGCACCCUGCGCUUUGAGCUCCUCGGCUGUGAGUUGAAUGCAGGAUGUGAUGAACCCCUGGGCAUGAAGGACAGAGUCAUCCCCGACCAGCAGAUCACGGCCUCCAGCAUCUACAAGACCUGGGGCCUGAGCUCCUUCAGCUGGUAUCCCCACUACGCGCGGCUGGACCAGCAGGGCAAGUUCAACGCCUGGACCGCGGAGAAAAACUCUGCCUCCGAGUGGCUGCAGAUUGACCUUGGCUCUCAGAAGCAAGUGGCCGGCAUCAUCACGCAGGGCGCCCGAGACUUCGGCAGCAUCCAGUACGUGGCGGCCUACAAGGUGGCCCACAGCAACGAUGGCCUGAGAUGGACCGAGUAUAAGGACCCGGGGGCCGAGGGCGGCAAGAUUUUCCCAGGCAACUGUGACAACAAUUCCCACAAGAAGAACAUGUUCGAGGCGCCCUUUGUGGCUCGGUUCGUGCGCAUCCUGCCCGUAGCCUGGCACAACCGAAUCACCCUCCGGGUGGAGCUGCUGGGAUGCGCGUAGUAGGACCGGCGGACGGGACCGGACGGCCGUGGGGCCAACGCCCCAUCCCUGGUUCUCCUGACCUUCUGUGGUCCUGCCGCCUCCUCCACCCACCGCCCGCCUGAUUGUAGUGCCGUGGGGGGCGGGGGUGGGGGAGAUGUCAGCCCCCUCUCCUUCCCUCUGUCCUCCUCACACCUCACCUCCCACACACCCGCCCCACCUCCCACCCUCCCCC